AUUUCCGUUGUAAAUCCAUGCUAACGUUGUAGUUGUUAGCACAUUGAUUGUACAGAAAAUCUAACCAUGCAGGCCCCAGUAAUAAAUAUAGCAUUAUUUUCAUUUCUACCCAUUUUCCUGGUGUCCCACCUUGGGAAAGUUGCUGCCGAAGGAAAUGGGAAAGGGUUUGGGGACCACAUUAACUGGCGUUCUUUGGAAGAUGGGAAGAAAGAGGCAGAUGCAAGUGGCCUACCUCUCAUGGUCAUCAUUCAUAAGACCUGGUGCGGCGCCUGUAAAGCUUUGAAGCCUAAGUUUGCUGAAUCAAAGGAGAUUUCAGAGCUUGCCCACAACUUUGUUAUGGUGAACCUUGAGGAUGAAGAGGAGCCUAAAGAUGAGCAGUUCAGCCCAGAUGGUGGCUACAUUCCCAGAAUUAUUUUCCUUGAUCCUAGUGGCAAAGUUCGCAGUGAGAUAACUAAUAAAAAUGGAAACCCAAACUACAAGUAUUUCUACAGCAAUGCAGACCAAGUUUUGUCAGGCAUGAAGGAGGCUCAGGAGAAGCUCACCGGUGAUGCAUUCAGGAAGCAGCAUGUUGGGGAUGAACUGUGAGCCACAAGGAGUAAUGCAGACGUCCAAGAGGGCACAACUCACCAUACCACAACCAGUUACAGCCACCACCAUAACCACUUCUCCCAACAACCCUGGCAAAACUUUGGCUAUAGCAUUACUAUUCAUCCAUGAACCCUCUGGUCCGUUUACCUGUUUCACCCUUUUGCACACCAGAUGAAUCAGUCAGACAAUGCUUCUGCUGCUGUGCAUUGCAUUUUGAGAACCAAAUUUGACAUCACUUUGUCUCUUCGCUGAUAUCACCAGGUGCUAUAUAGUCUGUUUUUUAUGUUUUAUUUGGCAAUGUCAUGAAAUGCAAUAUACUGAGGAGUGUCGAGUCCUAUACGUGUACUCCACAGGGAAUCUGAAACAUGUACGUGAAGUAAUACACCAUCCCUUUAUAGCCUAUGUCUGUCCAUGUCAUACAAUGUGCCGCAGUUCAGCUUUUUAAAGGGCCUUGGGUACUUCAUCUUUAUGGUACAAUUCUGUACAAAAACCCAGUUUCACAUAUGCUUAUGGGCAUCCAGAUCUCGCAAUGUCUUUAUUCCUGCCAAAUUGAUGGAUUUAUAAUCCCCAAGUGAUACCAUGGCCUUGGUUUUGUAGAAUAGUUUUUAUCUGUGGAAAUGUGAAUUGGCCUGUGACGCAUAUUGGCUCUACUGAAGUAUGUUAUUAAGAACUGAUCUGUGUGAUAAAAGUCUUUUGCCACACUGUUUUUUUCUACAUGUAUGUAUUCAGCCAAGUUUAAGAAUAAAGUUAACUAAACAGUUUUAUACCAA